AUCCCCUGUAACAGACACCAUAAAGAGCUGCCUGCUGUUGAACCUUUUGAUGAGCUGCAAGCACACAACUGAAUCUAAAAGCGCAUUUUAAGAGGAUCUAUUGAUACAUAACCAAAACCCCUGAUGUGAUGAUCUUCGACAAAAUAUCAGGUAGAAUCAAAUCAGCAGUUUGAAGCAGAUCGUUUGCAGCUCAACCAGCAGGAUGAGAAGAAUCAGGACGCAGUGAGUCAAACACUGAAACAAGUAUAAUCCUUCAGAUCUUCCAGUCACAGAGCUUUGGGAACAAACCAUCCCAGUGGUCUCCAAGAAGGAAAUCUGAUUACUGGAUAAAUGGAGAGAGAUAAGAAAUCCCUUUCCCUGUUUAUUCUGCUUCCUCUGCUGCUGGUCUGCAGAAGUGAUGAGUGUCCCAGCCUUCCAGAUAAUCUCACCUGCUACAAUGACUACAGUAAAAACAUCACAUGUUUGUGGAACAGCACAUACGUGACUGAUCACACAGACGCCGCAUGCACAAUACAAGUCAAAUAUCAAGCUGACUUCUUGUCUUACAGUGCUUCCUGUCAUCUGGAGCCUGUUGACAUCUCCAGACCAGCCCUGAAGACGUGCUCCCUGAUCUUUAUAUCUGACCACACUUUUAGUUCUUUCCAUGUGUUGUCCUUUAAUCUGAGCUGUAACCAUAUGAAGCCUGUAAUCACUUCCUACAAGCCAUAUUGUCACAUAAGGGUGAAUCCUCCAGGAAGACCAGAAGUCAACUUCACCACUAUUUCCUGGUUGUCCCAACUCACCAAGCAUUCAAUGAUCAGCUCAUACAAAACUGAAGUGCAGUGGAAACAGCAGGAUCAGUCGUGGAGUGAUCCUGCUGUGCAGAAAAACACUGGCAUUCAGUGUGAGCAUGAGUGCGAGGCAGAGCUGAAGGAAGAGUCCCUGAUACGAGGCGAGAGGUACGAGGCACGAGUUCGAGUGAAGUCUGAUGAGGGCCAUGAGGGAGCCUGGAGUGACUGGAGCCCCACUGUAUCAUGGGUGUCAGCAGUAGGAAAGAGAAAACCACCAUCAGGUAUUACGUUUGUUGUGCCCAUAAGUAUCGUAGGUGUGGUGGUGUUGCUGGCAGUCGUACUCUUCAGCACUAACAAAACCACCUGGGUGUACAUAGGGAAGAAAAUCACAGGUCCGCCCAUACCAGACCCAGGAAAAUCCUUCCUGCAGGAUGUCCAGCGUGGGUUCAGUCUGCACUUCACCAGUGAAUCCUUUCACUCCUUCUUGAAACCAGUGGAAAUGAUCACAGUAGAAUUAACCUCCUCUGUGGAUGCCGUCACAGCCUGCAGGCCAGAUGAGAAGAUCGUGAUAAACAAAGGCAGCUAUGACUCCACCAACUCCAGCUUCUCUAACCCGAGUUACUCUGAGCUUUGCACUCCUCCUAUUUCCUCACUCAGUGCUGGGAAUCUGAAGCCGUGUGCGACUGACACGCCUUAUGGCCCUGUUGGUACUCAGGGUGAAGGAAAAAGCACAGAACAGGAGAGCAAUGAAGGGAGAGAGAAAGAACAUGAGAUGGUUAAGUUGCUUCUCAAAGGCAGCAGCAACAGUGAGCCAGUGCAGGUGAUUUCAGACUACGAGAAGUCUGAGAAGCUCAACAUUGAUCGCUUUAGGCUCCAGAGUCUAGAUUCAGGCAUGUCCAGUUGUGAAGAGGUCAGUGAAGACAGCAUGGAGGCAGAUAGCAUGAACAUGACUGACAGCUAUGAUGAGGAUCCAGAGGGUGAGGAUGAGAAGGAGGGAGAGAAUGAACAAAAGGCAGGUUUUCAGAAGUUGUUUGGAGGUAAAUCUGACAAGUUUAUUCAGGUUUGUUCUGAUUACGAGCGAGUCGGGAAGCCGCCGGCCGACAGCCCAGAGCUUCCCAGCUUGGAUUCAGGCGUUUGCAGUGGGGGAGAGGAGCAGAUGAGUCAGGAUGAGAGCAUGGAGGACGUUGAUAAGUCCACUGAAUCUACACACUUCCUCUUUCCACCUCAUCCUCCCAGGGCUUUACCAUGCUCCUUGCUCUCUUUUCCACAACUGCCUUUGAACUUAUGUGGGCCUGGUCUGAGACCAGCUUUGCAACUUCAGCCAAGUCCUAUGCUGCAGGGGUUCGCUCUGAUGUCAGCAGGCAGAUCACUGGAGCCCUCUGGUGAUGGCUAUAUGCCAGUGAAACAGGAGGGCUGAGAGCAGACAGUAGGCCUAACUAGCAGGACAAAAAUAAGACGUAGCAUUUGCAGGAUUCAUGACGCCAGUCAGCUCUCAGGGAAAUAAAACAUCCCACAAAUAUUUAUCUUCAGCAACUCUGAGGAUCAUUUAAUGAAUGUAUUUUCUUUUCUUUUAUAUAUUUACGCAAAACUAUCUGUCAUUUAUCAAAACUUAGAUGUGCUGUGUAACCUGUAAGAUAUUACUGCUGUUAAAAAGUAAUUCCUUUGCUAAUGAAAAAUUAUACUUGUGUAAUUUCCUCUACAAAAAUAAAUAAAUAAAUAAAGUUAAAGUAAAAAAACAACUGUUGCAUUUAGUUUGUGUUUGUUGGUGAGAUCAUCCAAAGGGUAUGUAGCUUACUGUACUGACUUUACCUUAUUGCAUGGGAAAUUUCUAUUGACCACACAUUCCUCACCACAUAACCAGAAACAAGAUUCCAAAUUUCCAGCUUUAUCUGAACUUAAAGAUGCAAAAUACAAAAUAAUAAUUCUGAAAUGUAAAGGCCGUCACUCUAAUUAUACUUGUACACCCAGGGAUAGAGAAACACUGCAAAUGCUUCUGGGAUUUUUCUUCUGCGACAACAAAAUGAACAAAAUAAUAAGGUGUCAUGUUCAACAGUGAUGGAUUGUUUAUUUGAAAAAAUAUUAUUUAUAUAUGCAUUUAUGUUAUUUAGUGAAUGGGGGCUAAAAUUUACUGGCUUGUUCUUAAUUAUUUUACUGUUAAGUUUACUGAUAAUUGUUUUACUGGCUGAUAUUGUAUAUCGUAUAAUGCAAAAUGCCACAGCAGCUAAUGUCACCAGUAGACGAGCAUAAUUUGUGCAACAGUGGUCAAAAAUUCAAAUGUCAGACAGAUAUCAACAUUUUUCAUUUACAUUUGUGUGGCAGCAGCUAAGGUAAAAAAAAAAAAUGUAAAUGUUUUGAUUAUUGUGCACACAGUACCAGUCCAAACA